CGAUGACGACGCGCGGGCACAAAAGGGCCCACACUUGACCAUUUCGAAAGAACCUCACGAGACUAUUCGCUUUGUCCAAGUAGAAGAAUUAGAUUCAAGAUACGAAGACUUUUCUCAUGUCUCCAGCUGUUCCCCACGAAACAUACGCAAGUCAUAUCGUCUGUGCUGUGCGCCAGCGCGCCAGACUUCCUCGAGGAUUUCUGCUUCAUCCUCUGCGCUUCACAACUUCCAACCAUGCGACAAACCUGACAAGAGUCUCUUUUCAAUCAUGGCUCAUCGCUUCCUCUGGAGAUGCUGGACCAGCCUAGCGCUCGCGCAGGCAACCCUAGUACAAGCCGACCACAUCUCCACAGACACCGACCUGUACAACACCGGCGCCCUCGGCCAUCGCCCACACCUCGAAUUCCGCUCAAGCGACGAAUACGCGCCUCUCCUGCAAAUCAACACCUGGAGCCCAGACGCCAUCUCGACGACAGGCUCACACAUCUUCCUCAAGCACGACGGCAACGACUCCUCGCCGCUUUCGUCGCCGCUGAUUCUCGAUGCGCGCGACCUGAGCGCCGUGUAUAUGAAUCGCAGCUUCACGAAUGUCUUUGGGACACGCGUUCAGGAGGAUCGUGGGAAGAAGUAUCUAACCUUCUGGGCGGGCGAUAAAGGCAAUGGGAUUGGUGAUGGGUAUGGGCUUGCGUUUGACGAUACAUACCGUCUAGCCUACAAAGUGUCUGCCCAGAACCUCAACGGUGUGCACGCGGACCUGCAUGAGUUUGCGCUAACAGGAAACGGGACGGCGCUGGUGACGGGUGUGAAUCGGAUCCGUGUGCGUGGCGAUUAUUUUCGUGAGAUAUAUGGCUGGGAUUAUCCCCUGCCCGACGGGCUGGAGAUUGAGAUUCUCGACGGCGUCAUUCAGGAGAUUGACCUUGAGACCAACGAGCUGCUAUUUGACUGGCGGGCGUUGGACCAUAUUAGCCCGCUGGACUCGUAUGAGCCCAUGGGGAGGCUGUGGGAUGCGUAUCAUGUUAAUAGUAUUGAAAAGACGCAAGCAGGCAACUACCUCAUCUCAAUCCGCCACACACACUCAAUCCAUCUAAUCCACGGCACAACCGGCGCGAUAAUCUGGACCCUCGGCGGCGCACAGAACGACUUUGUCGAAGCGCAGCCGCCCAAUGCUACCAACUCGUCUUCUCCGAUCCAACAACCCCUUCUCACCAUGGCCUGGCAGCACCACGCGCGCUUCGUCCCGGGGACCAACGAGUCGCAGAUGACCUUCUUCGACAACCACGUCAAGACGACCAGCCACGGCGAGUGCAGGACGAACUGUUCGCGCGGUCUGCACGUGGCGCUGGAUACGGCCGUGUACCCGCCUACGGCGCAGCUUCUACAGGAGUUCGUGCAUCCGGUGCAUCUGCAGGCGCAGAGCCAGGGGAGUGUGCAGGUGCUCGAUGCAUCGCAAUUCUCACCAUCUACUGGUUCAGAAUUCGGCAGCGUCUUCAUCGGCUGGGGCCGCUGCCCGACCUUUACAGAACACACGGCGGCAGGGGAAACAGUCCUCGACGUCCAGUUCUCGCCGUGGCAUAGUGCGGAUAUCCCCGAUGCAUUGGAUAAUUAUCGUGCGUAUAAGAUGGACUGGGUUGCGAGGCCGUGGUGGGAUCCGGAUGUUGCGCUUGCCUGGAGGCAGAGGGGCGAAGACGAGGAUGGCGAUGUGGGGGACAGUGGGAGCAGUAAUAGUACGCUGGUGGUCUAUGCCAGCUGGAAUGGGGCGACGGAGGUGGCGGGGUGGGUGGUUCGAGGGCGCGGUUCGGUUGUGGGGGAGGAGGAUGAUGAUGAUGAUGAAGAAAAAGAGGUUCUGCUAGUGGCCUCGCCACGGACGGGCUUCGAGACAGAACUCACAAUCGCAUAUGAAGAAACCUGUCGAUAUCUAUGGGCCGAAGCACUUGAUGCACAAGGGGAUGUCCUCCGAUCAAGCGAAAUCAUCGACCUUGAUGCCACGACCAUACGAACGGAUAGCUAUAACUCGGCCGUGUCCGCUGAGCUUGGUCUCAAAUCCUCCUCAUCUCUCUUGAACAAGACGAACACGAGGACGAAACCUACAAAUACUGCCCGGGCCCGUGGGCUAUCGUCAACCGCGCUAGCUCUACUAGGCGCGGGAUCGGGCAUUUUGAUGCUGAUGCUGAUAAUUGCUUCUGGCGUCGUGGUUUUCAUUCGUCGGCGGCGGAGCGUGGAGUAUAAGAGCUUGGAAGCGUCUGAUUUUGAUCUGGGACCUGUUGAUGACGACGAUGAUGAGGAGGAGGAGGAGAAGAAGAAGGGGGAGGACCAAGGUGAUCGUGACGCUGCAAAUAGGCAUGGCGAGGCUGAUCGAGGCCUCGAGCAGUCGAGAAGGAGUGAGGACGAGGAUAGACGUGCUCUGCUCCCUAGCACGAAAGGAUGCAAUAAUAAAUGAACUUUGGGCGGUCUUAAGCAAUUCAUGACAGAAGGUGGAUGUGAACCAGCAGAACGCUCAGGUAUGAUAAUCAAUGCAUGCGUGUAGGAGUAACAAAGCUAUAAGGGUACAAGCAGGCGAUAUAAAAACCUGGAUCAUACGGUGCUAGCAUCUAUAGGAGAAAGGGAGAUCCAACAUGGCCCGCUAGCACUAACAUGGCUAGAAUCUGCCGCCUAAAGUAGUCAGGAAUACAUAGAGCUAUUGCUCCGCAAUACAUAUGGUCAAGG